UCAGCACGUAAGUGCUACAAUUGCGUCAUGACGUCUCUCCUCUUUCCUUUCCUCCUUUAUCGGCGAGAAUGAAGACCAUUCUCAGUAGCCAGACGGUGGACAUCCCCGACAAAGUCGAUGUGUCCCUUAAGGGACGCACCGUCACCGUGAAGGGACCCCGCGGAACUCUCCGCCGGGAGUUCAACCAUAUUAACCUGGAGCUCCGUCUGCUCGGCAAGAAGCAGAAGAAGCUGCGUGUGGACAAAUGGUGGGGCAACAGAAAGGAGCUGGCCACUGUCAGAACCAUCUGCAGCCAUGUUCAGAACAUGAUUAAGGGUGUAACUUUGGGCUUCAGGUACAAGAUGCGAUCGGUGUACGCCCAUUUCCCCAUCAACGUGGUGAUUCAGGAAAGCGGCACACUGGUGGAGAUCAGAAACUUCCUGGGAGAGAAGUACAUUCGCCGUGUCCGCAUGAGGCCAGGUGUGAACUGCGCACUCUCUGCAGCCCAGAAAGACGAGCUGGUUUUGGAGGGUAAUGAUAUUGAGCUGGUGUCAAACUCAGCGGCCCUCAUCCAGCAGGCAACGACAGUCAAAAAUAAGGAUAUCAGAAAGUUCCUGGACGGUAUCUAUGUGUCUGAGAAGGGGACAGUAGUGGAUCCAGAGGUGUAGAGGACACAAGAUUUUUCUGGGGAUUGACAGUCUUAUGUGAUAAGCUGCGCUUAUCCAGCAGGCCACCACUGUAUGGAAGAAGGACAUCUGGAAGUUCCUGGAUGGAAUCUGUCAGUGAGAAUACCACUGUGGAGGAGCAGCCAGAUAAUUAACAGCAUCUGUCCUUGUAAAAUCUGUCAAUAAACUUUUUUUUUCCAUCUACCACUUGCAA